AUGACUGUCGAUGAGCAGUUCAACAAAACCUUUCUCAAUGGAGUCGAAGCUGGAUGUCAAGCAUUUAUCGUUCAACAGCGAGCUUUAUGGUCAUUUCUAGAUUCUUUUCCGGAUGCACAUGACUAUUCAGAUCAGCGAUCCGCAGCCAAAAAGUUGAUAGUUCUGAUGGAUGAGUUUGACGAAGCGAUCUCCGACCGUAUUUGUGCACAUUUGAUAAUACGAGAUUUACCGGAUAUGUUGAUAAUCGUUUUCUCGGAGGAAAAUAAUUCUACUGAGUUCUACACAACGGAUAUUUCAGGUGACGGUACGAGGGGUACUGUAAUUGUUAGAAUUGUUCCUGUGUUUCCUCCAGAUUACUUUCCGGAGAAACAUAAAAACAUGAAUUGGAUGCCGAUACGAUUCCAAACUGUAUUGUAUCCACCAUUUGUGUACUACGCCGAAACGACAGCUGAGAAAGCAAACGCCAGGAAAGAUCCUCGCUACUACAGUGACAACAAUCCUGUGUAUAUUGAUGGAACCGAACCGCUUUUGUUAGUGGAAUUUUGUCAACGAAGCAAUUGCACAAUAGAUGCUUAUUUUGAUGAGACCUAUUUGUGGGGUGACAUAACCGAGAAUCGAACUGCUACAGGAGUCUUGGGAGCGGUUGCCACUCGUCAAGCAGACUUCGCUGUGUCGGCAAUAUAUUAUUGGCCACAUCCCUACCGUUUCGCAACGUACACCGGUGACAUCAGUCGAUCCGGACUUACUGUAUUGGUACCGAAGCCCCAAACGGUCGCACCCUGGCGCACGCCGUUUCUGUCGUUCUCCAAAAGUCUCUGGAUGGCAGUCGGAGUGGCCUUCUGCGCGGGAGUUGGCGCGGUAUGGUUGAUCGAAAAGGGGCGUACUCACAUCAAGGGAACAUCGGCAGGGCAGCCGAAAAAUAUCAGUGAUUCAAUACUGACUAUGAUUGGGUUCUACAUGGAGCAAAGUGCAUUCAUCAAUCGAGAUCUGAUCUCGUGCGUCUUUCUGUUCAUUGCUCUACUGUUUGCUGGAUUCAUGGUGGGGAAUCUAUACGGAGCGGGACUGGCAGGAAUCAUGACAAUUCCUCAGUUUGAGGCUGCAAUCGAAACGGGUCAUGAUUUGGCAGAUGUGGGUUUAACGUUUGUAGGUAAUGAUUGGGCGUGGAUGUUUGCCCUUCGACCAUCACCACAGGCAUACGUUCAGAAAAUCGUCCGACACUACAAAGUGGUCGAUGACACAUACAUGGUGCAGCACAGAAACAUGCGUGAUAUUGGAUACGUAGCAGAGAAAACAGAGUUCGGGCAUGUCGGUCCGGUGGAUUUUCUGGAUGUCCAAUCGUCCGAUAACUACCAACUUUUAAAAGAAGAUCUUGCUUGGCAGUACUGUACUGCAGUCGUUACCAAAACUUGCCCUUUCAAGCAUAGUUUUAAUAAUCUUUUGAUGAAUAUUCGUCAAUCUGGUAUCCAGUAUUAUUGGGAAACAACGGUUGUGAACCGAUAUCUAAGUAUGGCCAUUCAACAGAAAAUAUUAGAACCAGACCUGUCCGGCUCGCAAGAUCCUGUCAUAUUAACGGUGUCGCACUUCCUUGGAGCGUUCAUGAUUCUUACUUUUGGUUGCUCGAGUGCAGCCAUCGUAUUUAUGCUUGAAUACAUACCAGCAUUUAAACAACACUUGAUUGACAAUGAUUAUAUGCAUAGUUGCCCAUUAGCAUUCAAUCUGGUGACUUCACUGGACUAUUGA